GUCAGCAGCUUUCCGGAGCACCGACGACGAGCACUUUUCGCGGGAAGACUUGAAGAGCCCUUGUCGAGCCCUUCGAAGUACUCCUCGGAAAUCUUGGUCGCGAUAGUCCUCAUAGUUCCUCAGGAUGCGGCGUACGCGCCACGUAGUGCUGCCCGUGCGAUCCUGGCAGUACAUCGGUCUGCUGAUAGUAUCGCUGGCCUGUCUGACGCUAGGAUUGGUAUCCAGGGAUAGGGAAGGACACUCCGGUAACCUUGCAGGACCUGAACUCACGCAUAGAGCUCCCCAUGAGGUGGACGCCUGUCCGAACUUGAUACCUUUCGUCAAGAGCCCGAUUGCCGGACCGGAAGAAUACACAAAACCGAUUAACGGUGAUGAAAUGAAAGUAUCUGAAUCUACAGAGUCACCUAUCUCUGAAAAAUCCGUACUGUCUCGAUCGCUGAGUCUCGAUCGCUUAUCUAGGAGCGGUUCGCGGGAGACCAGAGAGCGACUGUCCAGAAGCCGAGAUCUAAGGACGGUCGAGAGACUUUCCAGAUCGAGGACUCGCGUAUCCGACGACGAAUCCGUCAACCGUAUUCGAGAAUCCCGAUUUAAAACAAUAGCGCGAUCCCGCGAUGCCAGGGGCUCGUUCGAGUCCACCACUCGACUCUCUCGGCCGCGAGAUCUGUCCAAUCGUGCAACCGAUCGCCGUUCUUCUGAGCAAAAUUUCGAACCCCGCCAGGUCGAUCCUGCAAAUUCCCGACUCGAAAAUCGUCAAUUGCGAUCCACAGAACGGCGCGAGCUCAACGAAGUCGCGCGACGAUCAGCAGACCGACGAGAUUCUUUGAAUCUUCAGCGUCGCAUGAGUGAUCAUCAUAAGUCACUCUCGACGGAGCGACGAAUCGAUCGGCAAGAAUCACGCGAGCUCCCAACUGGUCGUCACGAGUACAGAGAUCUAACGCGAAAUCGCGUCCCAAAUUACCGAUCCGAGAUACGCGAACGUAGAUCUGUCGAGCGACGUAUAUCAAUCGAACGUCGGGACGCGGAACGAUCGGAUCGCAGAGAUCUCCUGAAUCGUUCGGCAAAACUCGCACGAGGAGACAUCGAUCGUAACAACAAUUUGGAUCGCCGAAACCGGGAACGGUCUCUGGAAGAUCGUCGCGCUCUUCCUGAUCGCGUUGCUAAUCAGGAACGUAGAUCACGAGUCUCGAUCACUACUAGGGGUUCUCGUGGAGAUUUUGUUAGAUCCGAUGAUCGUCGAACGUUGUCUCGAUCGAUGGAACGUUCAACUGCGAAUGAUCUCAAGCGCGAAACUCUUAUCAGACGCGUCAGAUCGGUAGAACCCAAUACCGAGAGAGCCGAGGAACGCAGAUUGUCCCUCGAACGUAGAUCUAUGGAACGUCGCGAAAUAGAUCACGCGGGACGUCAGAAAACUGAGAAUCGUUUUGGCGAACGAAAUUCCCUCGAGCGGGUGUCGCGAGGCUCGCCCGAGGACUUGCGUCGAGAAAGGACCAACCGCUCGCAGAUGACCGCAAGCCGACGCGAUUCGCGCGGAAACGCGGCAAACAGGGAGAAUUAUAGACUGGUGCGAUCGCGUUACAAUGUCGAAGAAGUCAAAAAUCGGGAACAAAGAGAAAGAUUCAUACGAGCUUCCCGUUCAGUCGACCGUAAUUCGGUGGAUCGUCGGGAAAUCGCGAGGAUCAAAGACUCCAGGGACCAUGAUCUUCGAUCGCGUGAAGCUGAACGACGAGCGUCCGAACGAAGAGUUUCGGAAAGGCGAUCUACUUUGGAUUCGGCACGUCUGGAUUCACGAAGAUUGUCAGAACGAAGAGUUGACCAUAGUGCUAAAUCGCGUGAGGAAUUCAGGCUAGCAGAUCGACAUUCAGAACGAAACCCAGAAUCGCGAGUUUCUGGCGGAAGAAUCUUGGAAAGGCGAUCUGUGCUUGAUUCACGAAGAUCGUCAGAACGAAGAGUCGAUAAUAAUUUGAAAUCACGUGUAUCCAGGCUAGCAGAUCGACGUUCAGAGCGAAACUUAGAAUCGCAAGUUUCUCGUGGAAGAAUCAUGGAAAGGCGAUCUAUGCUUGAUUCGCGAAGAUCAUCAGAACGAAGAGUCGACGACAGUGCAAAUUCACGCAAAGAAUUCAGGCUAGCAGAUCGACGUUCAGAACGAAACCCAGAAUCGCGAGUUUCUGGCGGAAGAAUCUUGGAAAGGCGAUCUGUGCUUGAUUCACGAAGAUCGUCAGAACGAAGAGUCGAUGAUAAUUUGAAAUCACGUGUAUCCAGGCUAGCAGAUCGACGUUCAGAGCGAAACUUAGAAUCGCAAGUUUCUCGUGGAAGAAUCAUGGAAAGGCGAUCUAUGCUUGAUUCGCGAAGAUCAUCAGAACGAAGGGUCGACGACAGUGCAAAUUCACGCGAAGAAUUUAGGCUAGCAGAUCGACGUUCAGAACAAAAUACAGAAUCGCGAGUUUCUCGCGGAAGAAUCUUGGAAAAACGAUCUAUAUUUGAUUCACGAAGAUCGUCAGACCGAAGAGUCGAUGAUAAUUUGAAAUCACGUGUAUCCAGGCUAGCAGAUCGACGUUCAGAGCAAAACUUAGAAUCGCAAGUUUCUCGUGGAAGAAUCAUGGAAAGGCGAUCUAUGCUUGGUUCGCGAAGAUCAUCAGAACGAAGAGUCGAUGAUAAUUUGAAAUCACGUGUAUCCAGGCUAGCAGAUCGACGUUCGGAACGAAACUCAGAAUUGCGAGUUUCUCGUGGAAGAACUGUGGAAAGACGAUCCAUGCUUGAUACGCGAAGAUCAUCAGAACGAAGGGUCGACGACAGUGCAAAUUCACGCGAAGAAUUCAGGCUAGCAGAUCGACGUUCAGAACGAAAUUUAGAAUCGCAAUUUUCUCACGAAAGAAACCUGGAAAGACGAUCUACCCUCGAUUCACGAAGAUUGUUAUUGAAUCGAAGGGUCCAAGAUAGCUCGAGGUCGCGUGAGGGAUCCAGGAUGCAGAAUCAGCGCGUGGAACGAAAUUCUGAAUUGCGAAAUUCCAUCUCGAUGCUCCCAACUGUGCGAACAAUGAAUUUCAGAACAGCAGCUCUCGAGAACCAAGCCGUACGUUCAUCAGAAACGCAACGCGAGAUCAGACGUCUCAAGGAGCACCGAGUGAUUCGAUCGGUCGAGAAUCGACCUGCCGAGCUUCGUGAAAGAGAGUCCAUCAGACACUCGCGUCAGAGAUUGAUGAAGAACGUCGAGGAUUCAUCGAGACUCUCUUCUCUUCGUCGAGUCGUCCGUGUACCUGAACAAAAUCGCGAACAACGAAGAUUGUCUGCUGAGAAAAUGCUCUCAAGAACCACAGACAAUGAACGAUUAUCCGCAAAAUGGGAACGAAAUUUGCAGAACGCGUACAUUGAAAGAAACGCAGAAGUCAGAGCAAAAACUGUUCCUCACUCAAUGAUGGACUAUGAAUUUUUCAAGUAUCCUAUGGCCUACGAUCUUCUGAGGCAAGCUUUUGUCAUGGCAUUAUGUACCGUUUAUGGGCUUUCCUUCUACUACAACGGAAAAAAGUCUCUUCUUAGUAGCAACAUAAUGCAGCAUGCGCAGCGCUUCAUAAUUUGGUAAAACGGAAAGGUAAAUCGGCCACCAAAACACGGCACUGAAAAUCGCUUUCUCUCUGGACCUCUGCUUCUAUCGAUCUUGUUAUUUUAUGAAUUAAGAUAUUGCGUUGCAAUAUGUGUACUGUUUACGAAAAUACUCAAAAUGUAGAUUAAUGUAGAUUAAUGUACAGCUUAUAUAUCUAUAUCCUGUAGAAAUGUGCAUAUCUAAAAAGAUGUAUUUUGUGCGAAAUAAAUAGUUGCAGUAGUAGUUA